ACUCACGACAUCCAUGGAAGCAGAUCUGUAUCAGGAGAGGACAAAUGCACACAGUCUCUGGUUGAAAUUCAUGAUGUACUGAUAGAGGUUUGAGCAGUUACUGUGCUGAUGUGGCUUUUUGGUGACAGUAUUGCAGCUUGGACUUCCUGCUUUUUUUAUUCAUGCGUCUGACCACUGAGAAGAUUGAAGGACAAGUACAUUGAACUGAUUAUGUCUUGUGUAUAACGUCUUCCUGGCCAACAGAUGAUGGCAAUUACAAGCAGCAAAAUUAAUGACCUUCUCUUAUGUGCACUGGAUGAACUCUCUCAGGAAAAUUUUAAAAGAUUUAAAGACAAAUUAUCUUUUAUUGACUUUGAUGGAGGAGGUAACAUCCCCCAAGGUCCACUGGAGAAUGCGGACAGAAUAGAUACGAAGAAUCUCCUUGUGAAAUUCUACGGUGAAGACACUGUGUUAGAUGUAGCUAUAGAAGUAUUCACCCAGAUCAAUCUGAGAGACUCUGCAGUUAAACUCAAAGAAGAAAAAAGAAAAGCCCUGGACCCUAAUCCAAAAUCAUUUGGGAUAGCAGCAAAUGAUUACAGGAUGAUAUACAGUCAACAUAUACAGGAAGAAUACCAAUUUAUAGAAGACAGGAAUGCUCGUCUGGGUGAGUGUGUGAGUCUAAACAGAAGAUACACACAGCUGCUUAUUGUAAAGGAACAUCGCCAUUGGGAGGCCAAACAACAUGAAAUAAUGGCAACAGGAAAGAGACAUGCAGAGAUCCUGGCUAAGACAGCUACUCCAACUAAGAUAGAAAGUUUGUUCGACAUUGAUAAACACAGACCAACACCACGAACCAUUGUGCUUCAGGGAGCUGCUGGGAUUGGGGAAACAAUGACAGUAAGAAAGAUCAUGUUGGACUGGGCAUCUGAAAAAAUUUAUCCUGGCAGAUUUGAUUAUGUUUUCUACAUAAGCUGCAGAGAAAUGAACCUGUCUACCAAGCAGAUAAGUGUUGCUGAUUUGAUUUUAAACAAUUGCCCUAACAAAAAUGCGCCAAUUAAAGAUAUUUUGAUGGAUCCAGAAAAACUCCUUUUUAUAAUUGAUGGUUUUGACGAAUUUAAAUUUUCAUUUGAUCAACAAAUCACUAAUUUGUACACUGAUCCCUGUGAGAAGCAGCCAGUGGAAAUCAUAUUGGGCAGUUUAUUUAGGAAAAAAGUUCUUCCAAAAUCAUUCUUACUGAUCACAACAAGACCGACUGCUCUGGAAAAACUCCAAAACUGUCUAAAGUUUCCGCAUUAUGCAGAGAUCUUGGGAUUUUCUGAGGAAGACAGGGAGGAGUAUUUCCACAAGUUCUUUGAAGAUAAAAAACAAGCAGCAAAAGCUUUUGGAUUUGUAAUAGAGAAUGAAAUUCUCUUUACAAUGUGUUUUGUCCCAAUUGUAUGUUGGAUUAUCUGCACUGUGAUCAAACAACAGAUUGAAAAAGGUGAAGAUCUCACACAAACUUCAAAAACAACCACUGCAGUGUAUAUGCUCUUUCUGUCCAAUUUAUUACGGGAUCACAGCUGCAUGUCAAAGCAUUCCAGACAAACUAAUCUGAGAAAGCUGUGCUCCUUAGCCAGAGAAGGAGUCUGGCGAAAGAUAAUACUGUUUGAAGAAGAUGAUCUCAAGAAGCAUGGUUUAGAUGUAUCCAAUAUUCAAUCCCUCUUUCUCAACAAGAGCAUUUUUCAAAAAGAUAUUGACUGUGAACAUGCCUACAGCUUCAUUCACCUAAGUUUUCAAGAGUUUUUUGCAGCUUUGUUUUAUGUACUGGAGGAAGAGGAAGAAACAGUGGAAGAGUCAGUGAUAGUUACAAAAGAUGUGUCUAAACUAUUACAAAGUUAUGAAGAACCUAAAAAUGAUUAUUUAAUGUUAACAAUGCGUUUCCUGUUUGGUCUCUUAAACAUGGAUAGAAUGAAGGAGAUUGAGAAAUUCUUAGGCUGUAAAACUUCACUUGAAACAAAGAACAAAGUACUGAACUGGGUUGAAGAAGUAGGCAUAGCAUUGGCGUCUCUGUCCUCUAAAGACCGGAACGAAAAUAAGUUCAAGUUUGAAUUGUUCCACUUUUUGUUUGAGAUUCAAGAAGAAGAAAUUGUGACACAUGCAAUGGAUUGUUUCCCACGUAUUCACCUGGAACGGACUUGUUUUUCAAAAAUGCAGUUUACAGUUCUUUCCUUCUGUUUGAAGAACUGUCGAAGAAUGCAGUCACUUUUUCUGUCUUUUUGUUCAUCUCAAGCCAGUGCAAGAAAACCAAAAAGUGCAAACCAGCCCUUGACACAGUUGGAUGAGGAUGAAAAGGCCUGCCAGAGUAAUUUAAUAAAAAAAGAGCUGGUGGAAGGAUUGAAGCAUCCAAACUGCAAAGUGCAGAAACUUGGGUUUCCAUGGUUCCAGCUCAAUUAUGAGGAUUAUAAGAAUCUCACCUCACUUCUUAGUGCAAAGCAGAUGCUGACAGAGCUGGAUCUGAGAGGUAAUAGUUUUCGGAGUAGUAUGAUGAAUGAAGGACUGAGUCUCCUGUGUGAAGGAUUGAAACACUCCAACUGUAUGCUACAGAAGCUAGUGUUGAGAAACUGUUGUAUCAAUAACUCUGACUGCAAGCAGCUUGCUUCAGUUCUCAGUACAAAUCAAAACUUGAAAGAGCUGGACCUGAGAGGCAAUAAUCAAGGAGAUGCAGGAGUGAAACUGUUGUGUGAAGGACUGAAACAUCCAGAUUGCAAACUGCAAAAACUAGUGUUGUCUUACUGCAUGCUCACGGCUGCUUGUUGUCAGGGUCUUUCCUGUGUUCUCAGCACCAACCAGACUCUGAGAGAGCUGGACCUGGAGAUAAAUAAACUGGGAUAUUUAGGAGUGCAGCAGCUUUGUGAAGGAUUGAAACAUGCAACCUGCAAACUGGAGAUACUCCGGUUGGGACACUGUGGUAUCAUUUUCUAUGAUUGCAAGUAUCUUGCCUCAGUUCUCAGUACAAAUCAAACUUUGAAAGAGCUGGACCUGAGUGGCAGCAAACUGGGAGAUUUAGGAGUGAAGCAGCUGUGUGAAGGACUGAAACAUCCCGAUUGCAAACUGCAGAAACUGAUGUUGGGAGACUAUGGUAUUGCAGCCUCUGGUUGCAAGUAUUUUGCCUCAGUUCUCAGUACAAAUCAAACUUUGAAAGAGCUGGACCUGAGAGGCAGCAAACUGGGAGAUUUAGGAGUGAAGCAGCUGUGUGAAAGACUGAACAAUCCCAACUGCAAACUGCAGAGACUGGUGUUGGGAGACUGUGGUAUCACAGCCUCUGGUUGCAAGUAUUUUGCCUCAGUUCUCAGUACAAAUCAAACUUUGAAAGAGCUGGACCUGAGAGGCAGCAAACUGGGAGAUUUAGGAGUGAAGCAGCUGUGUGAAGGAUUGAAACAUCCCAACUGCAAACUGCAGAGACUGGUGUUGAGGAGCUGCUAUUUCAAAGACGCUUGUAUGAGAGCCCUAUCACUUGCUCUUAGUAUAAACCACUCCCUGAAUGAGCUGGAUCUACAGUUUAACCUCCUGGCCUUUCCUUUCGUUACUUAUCUUUAUAAGGAGCUGAAAUGUCGCAGAAGCAAUCUAAAGAUAAUAAUGUAAAAAUCAUAUGUUCUAAUCCAUUUGCGGAUUGUGGGAUGGCUAUUCAUUUAAGCAAAUGCCAUUAACAUUUGGUGUCAUGACAAACAGGCAGAGUGAAUAAAAUCAUUGACUCUAUUUAAAUCCAUGUUUAGGAAAUAUAUGUUUAUAGUUUCAGAGGUGUAGCCAUGUUAGUCUGUUUCAGCAGAAACAUUGAGGAGUCCUGUGGCACCUUAAAGACUAACAAAUAUAUUUGGGCCUAAGCUUUCAUGGGCUGGAACCCACUUUGUCAGUUUUAGUUGGUGUUUGGUCCUGCUUUGAGCAGGGCAUUGGACCAGAUGACCUCCCGAGGUCUCUUCCAACCCUAAUCUUCUAUGAUUCUAAGUGGGUUCCAGCCCACAAAAGCUUAUUCCCAAACAAACUUGUUAGUCGUUAAGAUGCCACAGGACUCCUUGUUGUUUACAUUUAUAGUGAAAUUUUAAAUGAUGCCAGCUUAUAUUAAGGGCUAAACUGAUUACCUAAUUAAAACAGUAUGAUGUACUGCUUGAAUGUUGUUUUGUUAGUGUUUUUCAAUUCGCAGCCUGGGGGCCAGAUCUAGCCCAUGAGGGCCUUCUGGACAUUAGCUGUUGAACCUGCUCCCCUUGGGGGGCCCUGCUGCCUGGCUACAGGUCUGCUGGGGACUCUGCCCUUGGCAGCUGCAGCAUCCCCAUGCUGCCUCUCCUGAGCAACCCCCUUCCCUCCCUCCAUCUAGCACAGAGGAUGCUCUGCAGCUGGGGAGUGAAAGGGACCAGUUGGUAUGGGAGCACAGGAACAAACUGGAGCCAGGUAGUUGGGCUGCUCAGUGCCCUUAUAAUAGAGCCCCUAGUAGGGAGGAAACCAGCUGAUGUCUAGCAUGCCCUCAGAGGCAGCUCCAGCCUGUGUGCUCCCCUGCCAGGCAGCCCUUUCCCUUUUGGCUGCAGAGCAUCCUGUAAGCCUGCAGGGUGGCAUGCUCAGAGGCAGGUUAGCAUAGAGGUGCUGCAACCGGGGGGCACAGGAAGUCAGAGCUGAAUAGCUGAGCCAUCCUUACAGCAGUCUCCAACUGGGAGCAGGAGCAAGCCCAGGCAGGGAUGAGCUCUUGGGAGUUGCCCCUGCUCCUCUGGGUCUCCCCCCACUCAAGCAGUAUGGAGGCUUCUGUUGCUGCUGCUACUCCUUCUCCCCCCUCUGGGGACCAAAAAUCCCAAUUACCCAACUGAACAGGGGAAGCACACUGCUCAUUUGGAUAACCAGGAUUUUCAGUUCAUUGAAAACUGGAUAAAUGGCCUGUAUAAAAUGUGCCCAAUUGGAUUAGCAGUCUGUGUGCCACUCAGAAACCAACCCACCAUCUUUGACACAUGCCAUAGGUUGCCAAUCCCUGCCAGUUAAGUGAAGAAUUAGUGUACCUGCACAAGAGAGAAAACACCUGAACAGCCCUCUGGUCCACCAUUUGAACAUUGCCUUAUCCAGACCCCCCAAAUUUGUAACUGAAUACCACAGCAGUACAUGGUUGCAGACAAAGUUUUAAAGUCAAACCACUGAACUUCUCUAGCUAAGCAUGUGGAAACAGUUUGAGGUGCUAAACCUUUUGUCAGCAUUAGCUUCUUCUGCAAGUGCAGAGAACUAAACAAAGUAUUAAUCAAUUUUAAAAUGCAUAAUGUUUUGAUAAAUUUGUCUAUAUUUUAUCCAGCCUAUUUAAGGAAGUUUUGUUUAAUGAAUAGUUUUACAAUUCCAAGUGCCAUCUAAAUGCAGUGCAAAAUAAAUCAUGCUUUAAAAAUUAACUAGUAAAUAAAUGCAUAAUUCAUCACUUCAACAUAAAAUUAAUCUGAAUGUAUGGAUAUAGUGUAUCUUCCUAGUCUGUAAACAUGUACUACCUAAUUAUACUACUCAAUGUGCAUUAGCCUCUCUUUGGUAAUGACUAAGGCAUACCAGUGCAAAUUCAAUCCACCUUACAUGCAGGGUGGUUUGUCAAACUUGCUUUUCCUGGGUGGCAAUGGUUUUGGUAAGGAGCUGUGCUUCCAUUAAGAAAAGUGUCAACUCUUUUGGU